CUCUGUCACACUGGUCUUACAACUAAAGAAUCUGCGUCGUACAUUGCGAUUAUGGUAUGGAAACGUUCAAGAAAUUCUAAGCUGCAGACUGCGUUUUACACACUGCGGUUUACAUUUCCAGGGGAAAUUGGCGAUUUCUUGGAGGCCAUUACAUUAUGUGAUCGUGGAAUGUGAUGUUAAGGGGACUAUCAUCUAUGACAAAGGAAAUCGCUACGAAAUUGAUCACGCCAUUCAAAAGCUCUGCAAUUUCACCUGCAAGUUGUACGAAAGAUACGAAGUUGAAAUUCCUGUCGACAAUACGUACGGGAAGGAAAUAUUAAACGGUAGCUGGAAUGGGAUGAUAGGAAUGAUCCUUGAAAGGGCUGAUAUUGCUGUGGGUGUUUGGAGCUUGGAGGAGCUUCCACGAUCGCAAUUGAAGUGGGCUGUAGUGAAGGGAACGGCUCUCGAAUCGCCCUUUAUCGAAGCCACAACUGGAGUUUACAAGGCAAUUGGAGAAGGAUUGUUAACGCAUCCCGAAAACCGCGUUAGCUCGGGAAUAGAUGCAAUUAAGCGUGUUAUAAAUGGAAGCUACGCUUAUAUAGAAGAAAGAUCGUAUCUUAAGGCUAUCACAGAGCAGGAUCAUGCCCAGACGGACAAAUGCCGGUUCAGUUUCGUCAAUCAGGUAUUUUUCAAAGUCAAUUUUGCCUUUGCUUUGCCAAAAGCCAGUCCGCUGAAACCUGUUUUGGAUAAAAAGAUUUUGCAAAUGAUAGAAGCAGGUUUGGGAAAGUAUUGGAAAAAUGUUUAUUGGCCGUCUUCUGGUGCUGACGAAUGUGGAAUUGCUAAACAAUCUGAAGGAGCUAAAAGUCUAAAACUUGCAGAUUUGCAGGGCGCUUUUCUAAUUUUGGCUAUCGGGUGGGGAUUAGCGUUUUUUUAUUUUUAGCCGAGAAGUAUACCUCUCUGUCCCUCAAUGUUUUCGUAACUAGAUUUUUUAUCAACGCAUUUCUAUGAAUAGCAAAGAAGGUAGAAAGUUAGAAUGGUAAAUUACGUUCUAGAAAGGACAUUUUGGCCGUUGAAAUGUUAAAUGUUUUCAUGUUUACGACCGCUGAGUUAAUCGAUAAUAUUUGGAAAUAACGAAAGUGGUAUUUUAAAA